GGUUAUUCUGGCUCCUGAUGUACGGGAGAGCUGUCCCAGCAGCUGGGGAGCUGCUGCUGCUGAUUUCUUUGCUUUUAAUCUUACAAGCGGGACCGAGUCUUAAGUUCUCAGCUUCUCCUCUUCCUUUCUGUUAAUUGUUGGUGCUACAAAUUGAUCUGACCUUUCUGUGCAUCUUCUGAGCUUGUUUUAAGAUCCCUCUUGCCACUCAGUGACAUGUAUAAGUGCACGCUGGAAUCGCCUCUUAAAUACAGGGUGAAGAAGCGCAGACUCAGAACGAGAUGUGUUUGAGAAGGGUAAAAGUGAGGGAUGUUCAUCUCCAAAUGAACGGAACAACAGAAAAGCAGUUUAAAAAUGCAGGGUGUUCAUGUAUCUCCUGUUUGCAUACAGUUUUGGAAAAAUAAAAUGUACAGCUCUGUGCAUGUUUUUUAUUUGAGCGGGCGCUGUGCAGAUGACGUUUCUCUUUCAUGUUGCUUCAGGAGAACGACGUUUCUGGUGAGAAGGCUUAACGCAUGGCGAGGUUUGACUUUGGGUUACUUAGCAAAGUAUGUGUUAAACCUCAAUGAAUACAAAGCACUUAUUUAAAAGUCAUAGUUUAGCAGAAGUCUCGUACGUCUUUCCGAAGGAAAUGGUAAGAAUGGCUCUUGUCGCUCCUUACUUUUGGCUGACGCCAGAGUUCUCAGAGCUGUGUCAAAACAGCUGCUCACAUGUCUUGGGAAACUGGAUUUUGCAAGAGCUGAAGAGACAAACCACUCCCUUUUGGGUGCCCGGGCACAUACCUCCAUCCUGAAAAAUGCAAACAGCCCCGACCGGCUUGCAGAGCGUGAGGCCCGUGUGUUCGGAGCGCUCUCCUCGCCUGUGGGAGUCCCAGUUGGAGUGUGUUUCUAUGCCCCGUGGAGCACAGACCUGCACCUCUUCAUUUCUGGGAGAAGCGUGCUGAGAUACAUCAGCCCUCAGAGGGCGACUGCUCGGGCUGAGGAGGCGUUUGCAAAGCCAGGGGCUGCUCAGCCACGGCAGCAGAGCUCCGGGGUGCACGGGGACACACAGCUGCAGGCACCUGGAGAGCUGCCCGUGCUUUGGGUUACCUGGCAUUCGGUCCUUUGCUUCUGAAUUAAGGGGGUGUGAAGGUGCCACCUCUUUAAUGCUCUGCCUGCUACUGUGUGGAGCACAAGUCACCGAACCCACCCAGGUUGGUUACGUGGGCACUUAGUUGUGCUGGGCUCGAUUCCUGCUGGGUCCCAGGUGAGAUGCUGUAUUGGGGCGGCACAGCGAGCGCCGCGUACCUGUGCCUGCAGGCAGAAACGGGAUCCCGCUUAUCAAAACUGUGUCAGGUUUGUGGGAAAACGCAGUGACCAAAGCUCUUUUGAAGCAGUGCUGUGGGCAGAGCAGUGGAAUGUCCUCUGCUUGGGGCGGCUGCGUGGAGCACACGCUGCUGGUGCAGGAGUGGUGAUGAGCCAGCAUGAAGGGAACGGACACUGCAUGCGGCACAGCGUUCAGCGCUCGCCUUUAGCUCCUUUCUCAUGCAGCCUAGAGGGAAAUGGACGUAACUUGUUUGAGCAGAUCUCUUCAGUAGAGCAGAGCAGAAGGUGCUCCCUCGGGUAGGAGGGGAGGUGCGGCCGCUCAGGUGUGACUCACCUGUGGCAAAGCGGCAGCCUGGCGGUUUGUGGGCACGGCUGUGACUUGUCCUGGCAUUCUGCAGUGAAGUGCCCUUACUGUCAUCUGCUGGUCCCGUGGCACUAAUCCAGUGGGCCAAGUGAAGGAGCAGGCUGAUGCCCCGGGUGAUCACCCCGUGGCAAAGGGUCUCGGAGCGGGGCACGCACGCAGCACUGCACAGUGCUGGAGGAUGGCGGCGGACGCGCGGUUGGGCGCUCACCGGUGAUGCCUCGAGGAUCCCUGGUGCCGUGAGUUCUCCGUGCAGCAGAACCCGGAGUUCUGAAUACGGUGAGUGCCACUGCAAUGUGUUCUUCCAGCUCUGUUUGAAUAUCAUCAGGGAGGGAGCUGUGAUCUGUGGAAUUGGUUCUUUUGCAACCCAAGCGGUGUCUGGCUGCUUUGGGCUGCGUUCGCUUUGCGCUUCUUCCCUUGGUUUUGUACGUGCUCCUUGUUUCUGUGGAAGUGAUUAGGCUUCUCUGCUUCUUGCUUGUAGCUUUGCCAUUGGUCCCUAAUCACAAUGUUGUCACUUAUGAGAAAAUGUCAGAUUAUUUUAUCACUGAAAUUACUGUAGAGCUCACUCUCCGCUUAGAAUCUGUUUUACUUAAAUUCACUUUUUCCAAGUGUGAUUCCAUUAAAAAUGUAACUAGCCCCAUGCCAGUCUCUGUAUUUGGAAGCCUUAAUUUUUAUCCUUAAUUGACGAUGUGUGCUGCAGACUUUUCAACGUGUCACGUGACUGUGAGCAAUCCGAGCGAUGACGCUGUGUGCUUUGUGAGCUGUUUGGGUUUCAAGAGAACCAUGUCCCCGUAAGAGCCCUAAACAAAGAAUUCGGUUCAGUACCUAAGCAUUUAAUAACUUCUUUUUGUUGUUAAAUACUCAUAAUGCAAAUCUGCAGUGAAUGUUUGGGGAAAUAAAAUUACGUAGAUGAAGACAACCCCUGUGUGAACUUUGAUUUUGCACAGUAUGUACUUAAGCCUUGCUCUGCUUCUGGGGUGGUGGAGGUGAGAAAGCUGUGACCCGAGGCGGCGGAGAACCCUUGGAUGGAGAUCUGGGGCCCACCAGGCUGGGGUUCUUUCCUCUCCUUUAACCCCUUCCAGCCACUAUUUGUCACUUAUUUUCCCUCCUGUUGGGACCUUUGUCCAUCCCCACGUUGCUGAGAUCAAAUGCAAUUAGUUGGAGGAGGAGGAUUGGUGGCGGCUGACGAUUUCCUGACUGGGAGAUGCCUGGGGCAAUGCAAGUGUAUGUGCUCUAAUAUGAGUUUCUGUGAGAGUAUCCGUGUUCUUUCCCUGGAGUGACUGGCUGUCUUGCUGUGUGUUGUGCGUCUAAUGAUGCACGGUGGUGAUCUUGGCGUGUUCUCGUGGCGGUGAGGCUGGGUAGUUUCCAUGAUGAGUCAAGCAAUGCAACUGAACGAGCUCAACGCUUCGCUGCCGAUGUGUCGUUAUCUCGGGGAGGCUCAGCUGCCCGGAGCUGCCCCAGAUUUACAGCUGCUUACAGACUGCAGCCCUGGGUGGAGUUACGUAGGUGAUGAAAUGCAAAGUGGAUAUGGAUUAAUCAGUGAUGAAGCAUCGUGACGUCAAGAAUUCCCAAACGUGCAAUGGAAUUGGGGCUAAGAGCACACAACAGAUAUUUAACGAUUGCAGAAACUGGAAAAGAAGCCCAUGUGAUACAUUACCUCCCAGCGGUAGGUGUUCCCUGGCCUCCCCUGCUUUGCAGAAGCGUUGAUCCCGGUCUGCUGGUUUUCUUGCCUGUAUCAGAUUCUGUUCCUUAGAAGAGCUGACGCUCACCAGCUUUAAAGCUGGACAGUGCUUUCACCAAAAUCGAUUGGGUUCAAGAGGCUCACGUGGGGUUCUUUUUUAAAAUGAACUUAAAAUUCAGUGCAUCCAUGCAGCUCUUUAUUUCAUGGUAUCUUCUCAACGAAUAAACACUUGGGUCUCAAAAUACAUUAUAAAACACGAACAGAAUGCCCCAAAGGAAGGGGGCAGCUGGCUGUGCGCCUGACCCAUCCGUGCCUUCAGGUGGGGAGAACCUGGAGUUUCCUGGAUAGAGAAUUAUCCGCUGGAGCUGCUGCUGCUGCUGGAGGCUGGGUGUCCGCCACGGCCGGUGCCACCCGUGGGCAGGUUGCUGUCUGCUGGACGAAGCUGGUGAGCGCAGGUGGAGGGGUCUUUGGUGCAGCUCUGUCAGUGAGGCUCAGUCAGGCAGUAACGUCUCAUAUUGGACAGUUUAUUUUUUAAGGGAAAAUGCACAGCUUUCAGUAAAAGUGAAUAAAUGUAAUGGUAAAUGAUAGCAAGCGAUAAAUGAAAAUCAUCUUGCAUGUCCACGGAAGACAGUCGUUAGAAUGGGUUUAGCUGCUUGCGUACUAGCAGCUGAACUAUGUUCAUAAGUGAAAAGAGACGUGGUCAUCUUAAACACCUUUCUUCCAGGAGGAAAGCAGUGAACACAAGGCCAUGGAUGUGAGGGUGGCCCUCUGCCUGCUCCUCUGGGCCGUGCUCUUCCCAGCUGCACCGCACACUGCUCCUGGGGUCCUCAGUAAGGGAUCAAAGGCUGGUGACCUGCAAGAUGGGUGUACGGAUCUGAUUCCCUGUGAGGACAGUGGAACCAUCUGCAUCCAGCCUUGUUCCCCCUCCUUCCACGGGGAAACAAGCUUUGUCUGCCAAGACAGAACGUGGCGAAUGUUCACAGAUGCCUGUGCAAAUCUGGAUGUGCAAUCACUUUUUCAGAGGAUUUCUAAACGGGAACCCCUUCCAAGCUCUGAAGGACAUGUUGCAGGAGGACACUUCCCCUUUGUAGGGCCAGGAAAACCAAUGCAUGGCAAGCCUGGAGAUGGAGCAAAAUAUUUUGGCGCUGAUGACCGUGGGAGUAGUAACUGUCAAGCUGAUUUUUCAUGCAUCAUCCCAGAUAUCCUGUCUUCACCAGCCAUUCCAGGAAAUAUUGCUGAUAUAGUGGAAUUGCUAGAGAAGAUUUCCCUGAUGUUAUCAGAGAACGUCAAUAGAGGAAAAAUGCAGAGUUACAGCAAGAUAGCAAAUCACAUUCUGAACAGCUCCAUAAUUUCCAAUUGGGCUUUUGUGAAGGACAGAAAUGCCAGUUCGACAUUACUGGACUCAGUGAACCUAUUUGCUGGCAAACUUCUUCUAAGGAAUGGAUCAGAAAAUAUACAGGAACACUUCAUCUCUACAAAAGGCUUCAGCAUACAUAAAAAUACUUCAGGGAAGAGCUUCGACUUUUCUAUGGAGUUGAAUGAGACAAGCAAUGUCACUGGGCGUGUGGUCAUUCCAGAAGAAGAACUUCAGAAGUUACCUAAGACUUCCAAAGCGAUCAGCAUUGCGUUCCCCACGCUUGGAGCCAUUAUAGAAGCCAGCCGUCCGGACCCUGUUUUUGUCAAUGGGAUGGUUUUAUCCGUGUCUCUUCCAGAAGAGCUUCAGCAUAUUUUACUUACCUUUGAGAAGGCGAAUAAACUGGAGAACGUCGGGGCGCAGUGUGUUGGAUGGCACUCUACUGAAAGGAGGUGGGAUAACAAGGCGUGCAAAAUGAAGUCCGACAGCAUCAGCAGUGUUGUUUGCAUGUGCCAGCACCACCGCCGCACCUUCAAAUCCUUCUCCAUUUUGAUGUCCCCCACCUUGCUGCGAAACGCGGUGUUGGAUUACAUUACAUGUGUGGGGUUAGGCCUUUCUAUUUUCAGCUUGAUUCUGUGCCUUACCAUUGAGACUGCUGUCUGGCAUCACGUUACAAAAACUGAAAUCACCUACAUGCGCCAUUUUUGUUUGGUGAACAUCGCUACGUCGCUUCUCAUUGCUGAUAUUUUGUUCAUCGUGGCAGCUGUUGUGCAUAACACAGCCCUGAACUACCGGCUGUGUGUAGCCACUACAUUUUUCCUUCACUUGUUCUAUCUUGCCUUGUUCUUUUGGAUGUUUACCCUGGGUCUCUUAAUUCUCUAUGGAUUAUUAUUAGUUUUUUUUAAGUUAACAAGAUCAGUAUUCAUAGUUACAGCAUUCCUUAUUGGAUAUGGAUGUCCGUUAGUCAUAUCUAUCCUCACUGUUGCUAUUACUGAACCAAAGAAUGGGUACUUAAGGAGUGGAGCCUGCUGGCUCAAUUGGUAUGAGACAAAAGCCCUUCUGGCCUUUGCGGUACCUGCUCUGAGCAUCGUUGUUGUGAAUUUGGCUGUGGUAGUGGUGGUUGUGGUGAAGACUCCAAGACCGUCUAUUGGGGAAAGCUGCAAGUCACGGGAUUUGAGCAACGUGAUCCGAAUUAGCAAAAACGUUGCCCUUCUGACACCUCUGCUGGGCCUCACCUGGGGGUUUGGAUUAGCAACGGUUGUUGACAGUCGCUCUCUGGCAUUCCAUGUUACCUUCGCGCUCCUUAAUGCCUUCCAGGGAUUCUUCAUUCUGCUGUUUGGAACACUUCUGGACAGAAAGACCAGAGAAGCCUUGAGGAAGAACUGUCUUUCAUCAAAGCGGGAGUGCAGUCUAGCAAAGGCCUAGCAGCGGACUGUCUUCAGUGCACCUGACCGCUGAGAGGAAAACAGCUCUCGUGGUUCGAGGUCAGCCAGGAGUGCGCACAGCAGUGUCCCGGUGCAUACCUGCAGGACACAUCACAAAAAUCAGAAGAGAAAGGGCCCCAGAGCGGCAACUGGGAGCAAGAAGCCAUCGGUGCUGCUGCAGCCCUUGGGAAAGCAUGCCAGAACGUGCAGGUUGCUUUCUGCCUUUGUGAAAACUGCUGUGAGAGGGGAGUUUGUCCCUGUUUGCCAUUUCAGUGCUUCAAGAUUUUUUCUUUUUUUUUUUUUUUACUUCACAUCCGUGCAAUAAGGAACUGCACAGCAUGAGGGGCUGUUCUACAACUGUUUCAUUUUCAGUGUAAAGCACAAAUAUUGAGCAUUAUCUGUAUUUUUUUGCCUGUCUUUGAAUGCAAGCCGUUCUAUCAGGUGGCACUGUAUUUGUCAGACAGCAGUCUGUACUCCUGGCGACGGGCAGUGUGACCCUGCUCCUGCACUGCACUGUUCUCCAUCCCAUACCCGUGUGCCAGAGGAGCUGCGCAAAAUUGUUCAGUGCAGAAUCACAGACUUCUCAUUCUUUUUCCAGUCCUACAACAGGCUGACAGAUGGAGAGGGAGGAGUGCUUGGCACGUGGUUACCUGCCCUCUUCAGAUGUAGGAAAGCAUGCUCCAAUAUACUUCAGAGCUGAACUGUGGAGAUGGAGGUCUCCCUUAUUACCUGCGCUGUGCUGACUGAGCAGCGGUUUGUCUGUGGAUUAUGGUGUAUCUUUUUUUGCUAGGUCAGUCCUUCAUCUGAGAAACCCUUUCUAAUGAAAAUUUGGAUAGAAACGUCGGUUCUUGUCAGGACAAAUCGAUGCUCUCAAAUGGAAAUAAAUUAGAGAUUUUGUCAUUGUUUUUAGUA